AUCCGUUCCAAACCCCCAGUCCUGUGUCGGGGAGCCAAUUCUGGCAAGGUAAAGACUGGGCGGGAUGGGGGCGUCGCGGCUGGCGUCUGCCCGCCUGCCCACCCACCCGCCAGCAAGGCCACCGCGGUCCUCGCUGGGAGAGGUAGGUGUGGCCAAUGUGCAGAAGGGGCUGGGAGGACCAGGGGGUCACGCGGCAUGGGCAGAGCGAGCUGCACCCGCGUGCGCCCGGGGCUGGUGCGGGGCUGGGGGCGAAGGGACCCGGCUCUCGGUGCGCGGUGUCUGGACCUGUGCGCGUGCGUGCGUACCCUUCACGCGGUGGGGAACUGACUCAAAGUCAAACACACCCAGGCUUUGCCUCCCUCCGGUUGCCUGCUGGAGAGGACACACUUGCAGACAAAGCUGGGCUUCUCCUGUAGUCCAGCCGCUCCUGAGCCUGAGCCUGGGCCCGAACCACUGUUCUCAGACCUGGGGACCUCAAGUUCUGUCAGGUUUAGGGCUAUGGAUAGUCUCCCUUCCCAUCUGCUGUUCCUGCUGGCUCUCGGAACUUGAACACAUGUCCAGUCUGGGGAACCAGAGGCCCGUGCUCCCCUUUCCUCCCCACCGAUGCCACCUCAUGAGGGCAAGCAGGAAGGAAGUCCCGAGUGGCCAAUUAGUGACUGACAGGUAAGAACCAGACACUGUCCUGAAUUCUGGCCCUGGCCUUGGUGAAGUUUCAUAGAGGCAGUGGCAGUCAGGUGUGAUGGAGAGGAUCUGGGGAGCCAGAAGUCAUAAGGCACAGGACAGUGGAGACAUCUGUCACCAUCAAGGAUUCAAUUUGAAAACCAGAAGGCAAAUCCUUCAUCGUAGACUGCUCAUGGAGAGGUGAGAUCGGGACAGAGCGGGGAUUGUUCUGUCUUGAGAGACCAGAAACCUCACCUUGCCAGCUCGGGCCUGGGCAUGGACAGCGGGAACCCCGAGACCACAAGUGCCCACCGGGCCUGACACAGAUGAGUGGGCACGGCUCUGGUUCUCCUCAAGGUUCCCUGUCAGCCCUUACCCUGCUCAGGAGUGAGUGAGAUGGGAGUCCUGUCCUGCUGCCCAGGAGAUGGCUCUCCUCUUCAGCUUUGGCUCCUGUUGAUUUAGAAUCUUUAAAGGUGCUGGCCCACUCCCAAAGCCUUGAUGACCUGAGUUCCAUCCCUGGGAACCACAUGGGCAAGGACUCCUGAAGUUGUCCUCUGACCUCCACAUUCUCUCUCUCUCUCUCUCUCUCUCUCUCUCUCUCUCACACACACACACACACACACACACACAAUAAUAAUAACAAAAAUAAGAAAUCUAAAACAUAAAAUCAGACUUUAAGAUUCAGUCAUGGUAAUCAGCAAGACCCUUUACAGACCCAGCAGGGUACUCCCUGGAGCACAGUAUUGGGGUGCCUGAUGGGAUUCCUGGGCGGGAGGCAUUACCUCCCAUCGUGGUUAGGGAAGGAAAACUGAAAGUCUUAGAGAGGACGGAGCACAGUGUGGGUUCAGGUCCCAACAUCAUCUGCACAUGCCCCUGCCCUGCCCUGAUGACUCCCGCUCUGCUGCCCAGGAGGUCCAGGGGGGAUGUGCAAAGAUAUUUCUACUGAUUUUCAUCUUCUCCUCCAGUUGCCAUACCUCCUAACAUAGGAAUGUAUUGGUACAGUAAUCUAGCAUGUAACCGAUACACUUAUAAUUUACAUCUAAAUUACAUAAGAUCAUUAUAUAAGAUAGAAUUUAUAGUUCACAUCUGUGCGUGCACACCUCGACUCUGUCUUUUACUGGAAAGAGUGUAACGAGAGAAGAGUUCAGAGGGUUGCCAGAGGGAUUGAGGGAGCCGGGGUCACACGCAUGCUCUGCUCUCCCGGGCUUUCCACAGCCAGGCCUCUUCCCUUCUCUUCUCUCAAUGGCUCUGUUGUGACAGCGCAGUCCCCCAGCCUCACAGGCUCUGUCACUGAAGAGUCCUGCAUCCUUUCAUGUCAGCAGCCUCGGCAGAUGGCUGAGGGCUCAACCUUCUCCAGCGCCUGCAAGUUCAGAUACCUCCCACGGCCACGCUCCCUCUCUCCAGGACUGAGCUUGAACUCAGGGCCUUGGGAUGCGAGGUAAGCACUCUACCACUGAGCCUCUUCGACACUCUCAUUAGGUUUCCCAGGCUGGCCUCCAGCUCUCUCUGUAGCUCAGCCAGGCUUUGAACUUGAGAUCCCGCCCCGCCCCUUCCCCAGUGACUUACAGGUCCUUGUCAUUGGACCAGGCCCCAGGUCUUCUGUGAAGCUAUCCUUGAUGUUUGCCACGCCCCCAGUGCUCUGCAGGUGCCGUUAACACUGUGGAAGUAACUCACUUAACCUGAUCACACUGCCUGCCCUUGAAGCUGAAACCCAGGCAGAACUGAAGGCUCUUAAUAGAACAUUCUGGACAGGCGCUCAGAGCCAUCCCGUAUGCCUUGAAGGAGGUUGGCUUACUCUGCCACUAGAGGGGAGAUCUUGGGCCUGGCGAGUUUAAUCUCUCUUCACAAGGUCAGUUCUGCUGACUCCACUAAUCAGCUUGAACCUCCUAAUCCGUGCCCAGGAACUUCAGGAAACACAGCGGGUGGCUUGUGAGAGGUGGCCGGGGCCAUUGAGGCCCCUCACCUGGGCCUUUCUUCUGUAGAGUUGGUCUUCAGGGGGGAUGGGGCAGCUGAGCCAUGUGCACCACCCUCUUCCUGCUCAGCUUGGCCAUGCUGUGGCGCCGCAGAUUUGCCAACCGGGUGGAACCGGAGCCCAGCGGAGUGGAUGGGGCAGUUGUGGGCAGCAGCUCGGACACAGACCUUCAGUCCUCCGACAGGGAGAAAAAACCUGUGAGGUAGGCCCUCACUUCUUCAGGCACCUCAGCUCUGGGGACUGUAACCCACCGGCCCAGACAGCUGGAGUCCUGGUUCACCCCCUGUCCCAGGAGGAUGUGGUGGGGCUGGAAGCAGCAGCAGGAGGAGGGAGAAUGGGAGAGGCCGUCAUGGAGAAGGCACGCCUUUGGCACCGGUGGAGACGUGGGGAAGCAGAGCUGGAGGUGCCAUUCCAGAAGUAAUGGCAGGAUCCCUAAGCAUAAACGGACCGGUGUGGCCACCAGAAAGACGGUGGAGAUAGAUGGUGGGCAUCUGCUUCAUGCGGUAGUUCUGAAGUUCAGCUGUAAGAACGCAUGUUGAACCAUGAGUCCAUUUCGAUUGGAAUUGGCUCCUAGAGACGUCACCAUAAAAUGUGGUGCAGGCUGAGUCUCGGGGACAGAAAGGGGUGCUACAGCAGCCACACAGGUUAUUGCCCUGUAGUGCCCUGCCGCCACCCUUAAUCUCCCAGAGAGUGUCAUCAGAAGACCUUGGAGUUUGAUCUGCCAAAGUGGCCAGCAGAGUCAAGUGACUGCGAUCACCAUGGGAAGCCUCUGGCAGCUACCGAGUGUUCUCAGUUGGAGGCACCGGGGAGGCAGGUGCUGUGUCUAAAAAAGCAUUUCUCACAGUGGAUUUCCUGAGAAAUCAGGGUUGGGCUUUGUGUUUUGAAGCACAAAUAAACUUUGUAAAAUUUAA